AAAAAAAAAAAACGCUCUCUCCCUCGAUCUAUAUGCCUUUGUUGAUUCACACACUGUUUUAAUAAAAGAAAGAAAAAGAUUUGGAGAUCAUGGAUUCUCCGCCGUCGGAAGGUGAGUCAUCGACGUCGCAAGGUGAGUCAUCGCCGUCACAAGGUGAGUCAUCGCCUUCACGGACGGUGUCUCGUUCCUCCAUGAUGGAAUCGAUAAGAUCUUACGGUUUGUCCCGUUUAGCCGGUAUUAAGAUAGAUACAGAUGAGCUUAGACGAAGGCUUUUGAUGCCUCAGUAUCUACGCUUCGCGAUGUUAGAUUCCAUUACGAAAAAGGACGUUGAUGGCGGUGACCAGCAUUUCCCUUCAAGUGGUUCCGCUGAUGUUCCCUGUCCUGAAUCCCCUGUGAUCGUUUUUAUUAACCCCCGUAGUGGCGGACGUAAUGGUCCCGUGCUUAAAGAACGUCUCCAAAAAUUAAUCAGCGAAGAACAGGUAUUAGACCUUGAAGAUGUGAAGCCACAUGAAUUUGUAAGGUAUGGUUUGGCUUGCAUUGAGAAGUGGGCUAACGAUGGAGAUUUUUGUGCUAAAGAGAUACGACAGAACAUUAGAAUUGUGGUUGCUGGAGGUGAUGGAACUGUUGGUUGGGUACUUGGAUGUCUUGGAGAACUUAAUCAAAAUGGUCGGGAGCCAGUUCCUCCUGUAGCUAUCAUUCCACUUGGUACAGGCAAUGACUUGUCUAGAAGUUUUGGUUGGGGAGGUUCAUAUCCUUUCACCUGGAAAUCGGGUAUUAAAAAAGCUUUGCACAGAGCUAGUGUAGGUCCAGUUUCCAAUUUGGAUAGUUGGCAUGUUGUGGUGCAAAUGCCUGGCGGUGAAGUUGCUGAUCCUCCCCAUUCUUUGAAGGCUGCAGAAGAGUGUUCUCUUGAUAAGACUUUGGAGACUGAGGGAGACCUUCCCGACAAAGUGAACUACUAUGAAGGAGUAUUCUAUAAUUAUUUUAGCAUAGGAAUGGAUGCAAAAGUUGCAUAUGGGUUCCAUCAUUUUCGUAAUGAGAAACCUCACCUUGCACAGGGUCCUCUUGCGAAUAAGAUUAUCUACUCUGGUUACAGUUGCAGUCAGGGUUGGUUUCUCACAACUUGCACAAGUGAUCCAAGUUUAAGGGGACUCAAGAACAUUUUAAAGAUGCAUGUUAAAAAGGUCAAUUCAACGGAAUGGGAGCAGAUUCCAGUACCAAAAAGUGUGAGGGCAGUUGUUGCUUUAAAUCUUCAUAAUUAUGGAAGUGGACGAAACCCAUGGGGUAACCUAAAACCAAAGUAUUUGGAAAAGAGGGGCUUUGUCGAGGCACGCUCUGAUGAUGGUCUUCUAGAAAUUUUUGGUUUAAAGGAAGGAUGGCAUGCAUCAUUUGUAAUGACUGAACUUAUAUCUGCAAAACACAUAGCGCAGGCUGCAUCGAUAAGAAUGGAGAUAAGAGGUGGAGAGUGGAAAGAAGCAUUUAUGCAAAUGGAUGGUGAGCCAUGGAAACAACCUAUAUGCAAUGAUUAUUCGACGUUUGUGGAGAUUAACAGGGUUCCUUUUCAAUCAGUACUGGUUAACGGAGAGUGACAUUUCUUAGGCAACAAGUCAAUGUAAGACGUGGGUGUCACUCAAGGGGGCUUGUAAAUUAUUAUAGUAUUUGUGUUGAUGUUUUUUUCCCCUAGUGUCUAGGAACUUGGGCUAAAAUGAAAGUAUCAAACUAGGAAUAGUGAAUCUAUUGUAUCAAAAUUCAUUUGCAGUCAAUUUCAUUUAUAUUUAUCUUA